GCCCGGUACCCAGCCCAGAGUUUGGCCCCUCUUGCCUCGCUUCUUCCACUUUCUUGUCCUUCUCCUACUAUACCCGUCCUCUUUCUCACCUUCCCGCCCUUCUUUCUCUGCCCUCUCCUCUGUCCGCCCCUUAACCUCAUCCCACCACCCUCUAUUGAGUCCUCCCCUCACCCAGCCUCCGGUCGCCCUCUUCUCCAUUCAAUUGUCCUCGCUGUGUGCCCUGAUUCCGGCCCUCGGCGUGGUCACGUCGUCUAUCUCUCAAUUGAAUUGCGACUUGUUACUAUUUCUCGUCUCGUCCGCCGGAUCGUUCCCUCCUUUCUCCUUUGGUCUCUUCCUUCCUUUUCUUUACCGCUAGUCCUUCUCGUUGUUGUGAAUUUCACCUUCCACUGAAUUCUGCAAUUUUCACGGCAUCUCGACUCCUUGGCAUCCCUCCACCGACGUCGCCUAACACCUUCCUGUAGUCCGCGAGCAUUAAGCCUUGGAGAUAGGAAGAGAAUUUGUGCCUCCCGGCCUAUCUUACUUCUACCGGUUUUGUCGCCCUCGCACAAUUGAAUAAAACAAGAGAGGAUGACAGACAGAGGCGUUGCCCCGCUGAAAUCGGCCGCUGAGAUUGAGCGAGAGGCCAAGGCUAGGGAGCAUGAAUUAGCACAGGAAUCGAGAAAAGGAGGGGCGACGGUUUAUGAGUUUGAUCCAAAUGCUACACCAGAAGAAAAGGCGGCCCAGGCAGCAAAGGCGAUCCCUGGAGAACUGGGUUUAGCAAAGGGAAAAGUUACGGAUAUUACUCGAGCCGUUCAAAAUAGCGCGUCAUCACAUAGGAAUAAUGGUGCGACAAAUGGGAGAAAUGGUGCGCAAUCCUUGCCCGACGCACCGAAGACUCCCAAAACCCCCGGCGUGGUAAAUGGCCAGCCCAAGGCCGGUGAUGUGGAAUGGAGCCGAACUGGUUGGGAACCACAAUUUGGAAGCCUCAAUGACGCCUUCGGACUCGAUGACGCAGUGGCCGAAGAUCAUCAGACACUUCUGGAGAGCAAGCUGGAUGACAAGUUCUUUGGCGACUGGUAUCACAAUGCGGGUGUUAUCGGUUUUGCGUGUUUGUCAACCUGGUUCCUGACACUUAUCGGUGGUGGCCUGGGAUGGGUUAUCCUUGUCAUGGCUUGUUGCGCAACCUAUUAUCGUACAUCAAUCCGUCGGGUGCGUCGUAAUAUUCAUGAUGACCUCACCCGCGAGUUUGCAAAGAGUAGGUUGGAUACCGAUGUUGAAUCUCUCGAAUGGCUCAAUUCAUUCACGGUCAAGUUUUGGCCCAUUUACCAACCGGUUCUCGCCGUCACCAUUAUCAACGUGGUGGACCAGGUUUUGGAAGGCGCUACGCCUGGAUUCUUGGACUCACUAAAACUUCCCACCUUCACGCUCGGAACCAAGCCGCCCAGAAUCGAGUUUGUUAAGACUUAUCCCAAGACGGAAGAUGAUAUUAUCGAGAUGGAUUGGAAAUUUAGCUUUACUCCUAAUGACACUUCGGACCUGACGAGCCGACAACUGAGGAAUAAAGUUAAUCCCAAGGUCGUUCUUGAGGCCCGGGUUGGCAAAGGUCUUGCUUCAAAGGGGGUGCCGAUUGUCGUCGAGGAUAUGGCAUUUUCUGGUGUAAUGAAAGUCAAGAUAAAGCUUCAACUUGCUUUCCCCCAUAUUGAGAAAGUCGACGUGUGCUUUUUGGGGAGACCGACGUUUGACUAUGUCCUCAAGCCACUUGGGGGAGAGACGUUCGGUAUCGAUAUCGGUUUCCUCCCAGGCCUUAAUGGGUUCAUCCAGGAAAUGAUCCAUACAAAUCUCGGACCAAUGUUCUACGCUCCUAAUGUGUUUACCGUUGAAGUUGCCAAAAUGCUCGGAGGUGCCCCAAUUGAUACUGCUAUUGGUGUCCUUGUUGUCACCAUUCACAAUGCUCACGGUCUCAAGAAUCCUGAUAAAUUUAGUGGCACCCCUGACCCUUAUACGGUGUUCUCAAUUAACAACCGUGAAGAAAUUGGGAAGACUAAGGUUGUCAAUGAGGACGCCAAUCCCAAAUGGAAUGAGACCAAAUAUAUUCUUAUUAACAACUAUAAUGAUAGUUUGACCAUGACAGUCUAUGACUGGAACGAAUUCAGGAAAGAUAAGGAAUUGGGUAUCGCUACAUUUGCCUUGCAUAAACUUCAAGAUGACCCUGAGCAAGAGAAUAUUGUCAUGCCAGUUAUGGUUGGUGGAAAGGCGAGAGGUCAAGUUUCGUGCGAUUUCCGUUUCUUUCCCAUCCUGGAGGGCGCAGUAUUGGAGGACGGAACAAAGGAGCCCGCACCAGAGAGCAACACUGGUAUCUUGCGAUUCACUGUCUCCCAAGCGAAGGACCUUGAUUCCAGCAAGAGUCUCGUUGGAUUCCUCUCUCCAUACGCCAUCCAGACUCUCAAUGGCAAGACUAUCAACAGGACGAAGACAGUCAAACGUAACAAUAAUCCUAUCUGGGAGGUUUCCAAGGAAAUUCUUGUCACCAACCGCAAGACUGCCAAAUUGGGACUUCAAAUUAAGGAUGAGCGUGAUCUAGCCGCAAAUCCACUCUUGGGAACCUACAUGAUCAAACUGGACGAUCUCAUUGAUAGCAAUUCUAAAGGUACGGAAUGGUUUAAUCUUUCGGGGGCAAAGACUGGGAGAGUCAAAAUGACAGCUCAAUGGAAACCUGUUGCUGUUAAGGGUGCUCCGGGAGGCACUGGAGGUUACAUUAGGCCAAUCGGUGUUAUGAGAGUCCACCUGCAGAGCGCAAGAGAUCUUAGGAACUUGGAGGCUCUGGGAAAAUCCGACCCAUAUGUGCAUGUCCUGCUAUCGGGAGUUGAGAAGGGCCGUACCGUCACUUUCAUCAACGAUCUAAACCCGGAUUGGAACGAGAUUCUAUAUAUUCCGGUCCACUCUCCUCGAGAGAGAUUGACGCUGGAGGUUAUGGACCAAGAGAAUAUGGGCAAGGAUCGUUCGCUUGGUCAUCUGGAUGUUAAUUGUGACCAGUAUAUCAAGCAAGGCGAAGAUGGCCUCUGGCUUGAACAUAGUGAGAAGAUUAAUCGCAGUGAAGGCCUGAAGUUGGAUCGUGGAGUGAAGGGAACUCUUAACUUUACUGUUGCUUUCUACCCCUGCCUUAACAUCGCUGACCCGGAGGGAGAGGAGGCGGAGCGUAAACUCAAGGAGGGAGAAAAGAACGAGAAAUACGAGCAAUCUGUCGAGCAAAAGGUAGAGAAGAGUGCGGUUGAUAUUGAGAAUGAGAAGUCCAAAGCGCAGAUCGAGGAGAAUACUCUUGCCGAGGCGGCCGCAGGCUCUGACUCAGAUGGCGAUGAAAAGAAGACUUCUAGGAUCAAAUUAACACCCAAAGAGUUGGUUAAAUACGAUUCUGGACUCUUGGUUUUCAAGAUUAUCGAGGGUCAAUUUGCACAUAAAGGCUGCUACCUUGAAGUCCUUAUGGACGAUAUGUUGUAUCCUGCAUAUUCCACUGCCAGAAUCAAGAGCAAGGAUACAAAGUUUGGCGAAAUUGGCGACGCUUUCGUUAGAGAGCUCGAGUUCUCCAAGGUCACUCUGCGUCUGAGAGAGCAUGGGAAGGAUGGAGAGCAAGAAGAUGAAAUUCUUGGAAAAUUAACUGGUGGGACUCUGGAGACGGUGAAACAAUGUUUGAACAACCCGACGGUCCUUGCUCUCAAAGACAAGGACGGUGAGGUCAGCAAGGUCACGAUCAGCUUGAACUAUAUUCCGGUUAUGAUGACUCUUGAUCCCAGCGAGAGCAUUAACAACAUGGGUACCCUUAGGGUGGACGUCUUGGAUGCCGCGAAUCUUCCCUCCGCAGACAGGAACGGCAAGAGUGAUCCUUUCUGUGUCUUUGCCUUGGACGGUAAAUCAUUAUACAAGACUGAUGUGCAGAAGAAGACAUUGCAUCCUUCUUGGAACGAAUUUUUCGAGACUAAGGUUUCGUCAAGGACUGCCGCAAACCUCGUGGUUGAAAUUUUUGACUGGGAUUUGGCAGGCAAAGCUGAUUUCUUGGCCAAGGGCCAAAUCGAUUUGACGCAGCUUGAACCCUUCACACCGAAGCCUAUUGUGAUAAAACUCACUGGUAAACAAGGCCAGGAGGGUAGAUUUGGAGAGUUGAGGCUUAGGCUACUGUUUAGAUCAGGCUAUGUCACCAGAUCACGCCAAGGAUCAUCUACCUUCCAUGGCACGUUCGCUACGCCUGGAAAGGUGGCUACUGGUGUUGCAGGAGCCCCGCUCAAAGUUGGCGGUUUUGCUGCCGGCGGUAUCACCAAGGGUGCUUCCUUCCUGAAGAAGAGUGCAUUUGGUCGCAAGGCCAAGGAUACUAAUGGCGUUGCGGAGGAGAUUGAUCGGGAAAUGCUAGCGCCCAGUUCAGCUGUCUCAAACGGAGGUGCUACCAAAGGGAUCAGUGAGGGCGGUGUCGCAGCUUAUGAUCCUGAUGGAAGCCUGGUAGCUCUGGACGGAUCAGAAGACAGCUUGGAUCCGGGGCAGAGAGCUUCCGGUAAGCGUACUGGCCUUAGUCAUUCCCCAUCCACGGCAGGAAGUCCUCAUAACAGGAACAGAAGCGUCUCGAGCACGCUCUCCGUACCCGGUGCAGCACCCGGAGGCGCUGAUCACGGGACAGCGACUGUCAGAAUUGUUGCAGCUUCUGGAUUCCCUACUAAUUCUAACGUUCAACUCCGGUUCAAGACCCUGGAUAAAGGUAAAGAGCUUCAUAAGAGCAAGUCUGUCAAGUCUUCUACGGGUGAAUUGGCUUGGGAAGAGAGUUUCUCUUUUAAUUGCACAGCCGAUCAACAGUUCAAGGUCUAUGCAAAGGAUAACCACCGCCUGCGUGGUGACGAGGAAUUGGGAGAGGGAUUGUUUGUUGUCGAUGAUACCGGCAAUGGAGGUGACACUGUGGUGCCUGUUGGCCAGGGCAAAGUUGUUCUGAGGACCAGUUUCAAGAGCUCCGAGACGGCUAGUAGUGUGUCGCCGAGGAAUAGAAGGGGGGGUCUAUUGAAAGUGCGCUCGCACGCCUCUUAAUGGCCAAGAUCUAUCCAGGUGCUCGUUUUAUUUAAUUUUAAUUUGCUCUUAAUUUUCUCGCCUUAAUUUUUUUUUUUUUCUAUGGGGGGGUUGUUUCUUGUCCCUACCAAGAUGUAAUUUUUUUUUUCCUGGCGCACGAAAUCCGGUUUUAAUAUUUUCAUUUCUCUUGUAACGAGUUUGGUGUUUCUUCUCAUCCUUUUGAAGCACGUUGGGAAAAGGGUCCAGAACAUUAGUAGCAGAUGGAGGAGUGGCGAAGCUAGUAUGAGAAUUCUGAAAAUUUUGUCUAAUAA